AUGAAAUUUGUUCAAUUGGCAGCAGCAGCAGCAGUGGUUGGUUCCGGUUCGUUGGUCAGCGGUGCUCAGGUCGAGUCCAGCUCUGCAAGCGUGAGUCGUACUCCAAGAACGUACUCUACGAUUAAUCCUAAGGCGUCCGACAUUGCCAAGGCGGCGUCUAAUGCUACCACGAACCAUUUCACGUCGAGUGUGAAGGGUGCGGCGUUCGACAGGAUGGUCGUCAUCUGGCUGGAGAACACCGACUACGACAAGGCCGCAGGCCAGGAGGAUAUGCAAUGGCUGGCGUCUCAGGGUAUCUUAUUGGACAACUACUGGGGUGUAACGCAUCCUUCGGAGCCAAACUACGUGGCUUCUGUCGGUGGCGACUACUUCGCCUUGGAUGACGACAGAUUCAUCGCUCUGCCCGCCAACGUGUCGACCGUGGUUGAUCUUUUGGACUCCAAGAGCAUCUCCUGGGGUGAAUACGAGGAGCAUAUGCCGUACUCUGGCUUCCAAGGUUUCAACUACUCUAACCAGGAGACUUUUGCUAACGACUAUGUGAGAAAGCACAACCCACUCAUCAUCUUCGACUCUGUUGCCCAGAACCAGACCAGAUUGGGUAACAUCAAGAACUUCACCAUGUUCGAGAAGGACUUGGCCGACAAGACGCUGCCACAGUUUUUCCACAUUACUCCAAACAUGACCAACGAUGGUCACGAUUCGACCAUCAAGGUUGCCGCUAACUGGAGCAGAAGCUUCUUGACGCCAUUGUUGCAAAACGAGUACUUUACGAACAACACUUUGAUCGUUUUGACUUUCGACGAAAACGACACCUACUCGAUCAAGAACAAGGUCUUCACCAUCUUGCUGGGCGGUGCUGUCCCAGAAGAAUUGAAGGGCACCACGGACUCGACUUUCUACGAUCAGUACUCGUUGAUCUCGACCCCAGAGGCUAACUGGGACCUGCCAUCUCUAGGUAGAAACGAUGUCAACGCUAACGUUUUCCAGUUUGUCGCUAACAAGACCAACGUUACCAACAGAAAUGUCGACACCACCUACAUGGUCAACAAUGCUACUUAUGUCGGUUACUUGUUGGACGACACCAUCCCUCUGCCCGCUCCGAACGUUACCGCUAUCAACAUGAACGGCAAACCAGUGUUGAAGGCCAUUGUUGACAAGUGGGGCGCUGAGUAUUCUGCCCAGCUUUCUCAGAGUUACUUCACCUCUACCACCACUACUGUCUCCGGUAGCAUCUCCGAGGCUCCUACUACCAUCAAAAGUGCUUCAGCCACGAUCACAAGCGCUUCAGCCACCACCAGUGGUUCUACCGCCGCCAAGAACAGUACUUCUUCUAACGGUACUCGCGUUAGUACCAAGUCGUCUUCUGGCGGUGCUGCUGCUAUUGCCGUGCUACCAGUCAGCGGAUUAUUAGGCUUGAUCGUCGCUUACUUGCUAUGA